UACAUGGGAAACUUUUAUUUAGAAAUAUUUCCAAAAUCCGUGACCCGGAAGUACUUUCUUUGUGUCGUGACAAGGCGCUGGCGUAAACAGUGACCAAUAACGUUUUCACAGUUAAGAGUUUUACUUUAGACGUUUAUUAACAACCUGGAACUGAAAAUAUGAAUAAUUUAACAAUAUAACAUAAUAUACAUACCCCAUGUAGUGGUUAAUGUAGUGAUUUCGCGUUUGAGACGAGACUUGCUUGAUAGAUGUUAUCUCGGUAACGCUAGCUAGCUAGCUGCGUAGCUAACAAUGGAUAACUGUAUGGUUUUUCACACUCAAAUAGCCUCCAUCAUGGAGGUGCUAGCGAAUGCAGCCGUGGCAGAGAUCUGUAAAGUCGUAGACGACGACUAUGCAGUGUUUCGUUUGGAAAUAACUCAAAGCCAGAAAGAGAACAGGGCAUUGCGGAGGAAACUACAGCUACUGGAAUUGAAGGUGUCACGCGAGCGCGUCCUCGCCAGUCCAAGAAGCAUCAAGAUCUUCGACCGAUACAGAGGAAUGGCAAGAGGUGAAGGACAUCUCACUGGAGGCCACAGGAGCUUUGUUAAGCCAGCGGGACACAAUAAAUGGAGAGAUGACCAACCAAUCACUGUUGAUGAGGAGAGUGGAACCUCAACCCAGCACAUUAUCAUGAUAGAGUCUGCAGAUGCAGAGGCUGCAGGUCCUGAAGGAUCAUCGCUGGUCAAGCAGGAGAAGUCUGAAGGAGAGGAGGACCCACAACACAGCAGAGACAUCCAGACUGGAGCAGCGGCUGUAGUGGCACCCCCUGUAGCCACGGAGGACCUUGCCCCCGCCCCCCAGCCCAGGACCCGAUGCAACAUCACGGAGGAGGAGGAGGGUCCAGAGGUGCUGCUGGUGAAGGAGGAGGGGUGUGAGGAGGGUCUGGGGAACCCUGAGGAGGCCAUAGUCAUGGAUGACAACCAGACUACACCUCCUCCUGAACCCACAGAGGAACCAGCUGAGCAGCAUAGGACCACACACAGUCUCACUGAGUCAGUAGACAUGGAGGAUGGGAAGCCUGAUCUGUUGCUGGUCAAAGAGGAGACAAUAGAAGAUAGACGACAGAGUAUUGAUUUGCUGAGUGAACUUAAGAUGGGGGAGCAAGGUGGUUGGCUGGAGGCUGGUAGUGGAGACUGGGUGGCCAUCUUGGAUUCCCAGACUGGUGCAGCCAAGGACCCAGGGGACAACAUCACUGACCAGUCCAGGACCAGAGGUGACAUAGUGGAGGUCAGUGGAUGGGACAGCGUCCUCAAGUCUGGAGUGGGGAACAACACCUUUAACCACAACCAGAAACAGACAGUCGAACACAAAACAACAACCAAAUUUAGUCGCCAUGACAACAGACUGGCUGAGACCAGGGCGAGGCGUAGAUUUGGUCUGCAGGGACGGGGAGGUGUCCGUAUGUGGCAGAAGAGGACAGACACAGACUCUGCUAGCGAUGCUCCGUCCUGCUCCUAUAGUUGUGAUUCAGAGAGACUGAUGGCAUCUCAGCUUAACCCCCUAACAGGUGCUGCCUUCAGCCUGCCUUCUAUAGGAUCUAUAAACUGCAACAUGGACCCUGCAACAACACAGACUCUCCCUGGCCUUCAUCCUCCUCACACUCUCCUAAUGUUAAACCAGACCUCAGACAAUGCCAGUGCCUCAACACAAAAAGGCUACACAAGCCCAUUGACAAAUGACAGUAGUAGAGACGCUAUCAGCAGAUCUGGUGGCAAAGAGAAGCGCUUCCCGUGUUCAUUCUGUGGGAAAGCCUUCAGUUUCCCCAAACAGGUGGAGAUCCACCAGAGGAUGCAUACAGGGGAGAAACCGUUCAGCUGUCAUCUUUGCCGGGCCAGUUUCUCCCAAUUGUCCAACCUGAAGAGGCACCAGAGGGUCCACACAGGGGAGAAGCCUUACAGCUGCCCCCAGUGUGAGAAGAGGUUCUCCCACCAGCACCAUCUGAAGAUACACCUGAAGGUCCACACGGGGGAAAGGCCUGUACGCACUGGGGAAAGAGUUUCUCGGAGAGGAGCUACCUCAGGAUACACCAGGAGAAAAUGCACACGGACAACGGUCCCGUCUAAUGCCUGGUGACUGGGUACAUACAAGGCCUGGGCCUAGCCUUCCUCAGUUACCCCACCAAUACAGACAGGGUCAGGAUGGGCAUUCACCACAAGAGGCCACAUGAGCUUUGUGAAGCCAGCAGGACACAAUACAUGGAGCGAUGACCAACCAAUCACUGUUGAUGAGGGGAGUGGAACCUCAACCCAGCAAGUUAUCAUCAUAGAGUCUGCAGGUCCUGGGGUCAAGCUGGAGAGAUCUGAAGGAGAGCACAUCCAGGCUGGAGUGCCCCCUGUAGCCACGGAGGACCCCACCACCGCCCCAGCGGCGCCAAAGACCCGACGCAGCAUCACGAAGGACUUCUCACCGGAGGCCACAGGAGCUUUGUGAAGCCAGCGGGUCACAACGUGUGGAGAGAUGACCAACCAAUCACCAUUGAUGAGGGGAGUGGAACCUCAACCCAGCAAGUUAUCCUGAUAGAGGUUGUGUCAUAGUGUCAUAGUGUAACAUGAAAAAUGACAGUACAUAAAAUGUGGCCCAUUAAUUAAUUAAGGCUACUGUUUGAAUGUUAAAUGACGAGACAGAGGCACCAGUCUUGUUCAGUACAUCAAAACACAUCCGGGUAUCUCUAGCACCCCGGUAAAACACAAGAGUUGAACAUUUACCAACAGAUGGCAUCUUACACCCAUAACAUCUUCCAUUUAAUAAAAUAGUAACAAUUUCCAACAUGAACAGUUUAGUAUUAUUAUUAUUUUCCUCAGGUAACAACACAUUUUGAUAUUCUCUUCACUUUUAUCUCUCUGUCAACAAUCCCUGAUGGGAAACCUACAGAUUAAGUCUUUUGUCAUGCGACCCCUUUCGCCAUCAGGGUUCUGAGUAGGUGCUGGCUCAGCAAUCUGAAGGUCAACCCUGUUACGGUACUGGAGCCAUGUGUGGUGCCACUUUCUGUACACAGGAUCCGAGUCUCCAGAGGCCUGUCUGGUCCCCUGGUAGGGGCUUCAUUCGCACCGUUUCACCCACCCUGAGCUCAGUCUGCAGAUGUAGAGGCUAGAGAUCCUGAGGUCAAGCAGGAGAGGUCUGAAGGAGAGGACCCACGACACAGAAGAGACAUCGAGAUUGGGACGCCCCCUGUAGCCACGGAGAACCGCACUGCCACGCCCCAACCCAGGACCUGCCGCAGCAUCACGGAGGAGGAGGAGGGUCUGGGGAACCCUGAGGGUCCCAUGAUCACGGAGGACAACCAGACUACACCUCUUGAACCCACAGAGGAACCAGCUGAGCAGCACAGGUCCACACACAGUCUCACUGAGUUAGUAGACAUGGAGGAUGGGAAGCCUCAUCUGCUGCUGGUCAAAGAGGAGACAAUAGAAGACGGACCAGACGGACCAGCAUUGAUCUGCUCAGUGGACUAAAGAUCUGGGAGCAAGGUGGUUGGCUGGAGGCUAACAGAGGAGACUGGACAUCCAUCUUAGAUUUCCAGACCCAGACCGGUGCAGCCAAAGGCCCAGGGGAUGAUAUCACUGAGCAGGACAGGACUAGAGGCAACAUAGUGGAGGUCAGUGGAUGGGACAGCGUCUUCAACUCUAGGCUGGGGAACAACGCUGUUAACCACAACUAGAAACAGACUGUCGAACAUAAAACAACAAACAAACUUAGUCUCCAUGACAACAGACUGGCUGAGACCAGGGCGAGGCAUAGAUUUGGUCUGCAGGGAUGGGGAGGUGUCCGUAUGCGACGGGAGAGAACAGACAUAGACUUGGCUAAUGAUGCUCCGUCCUGCUCCUAUAGUUGUGAUUCAGAGAGACUUAUGGGGCCUCAGGUUAACCCCCUAACAGAUACUGCUGCCUUCAGUCUGCCUUCUAUAGGAUCUAUCAACUGGAACAUGGACCCUGAGACAACACAGACACUCCCUGGCCUUCAUCCUCCUCACAAUUUCCUAAUGUUAAACCAGAACUCAGACAAUGCCUCAACAAGCCCACUGACAAAUGACAGUAGAGAUGUAAUCAGUAAAGGUGGCAGGGCCAAAGAGAAGCACUUCCCGUGCUCAUUCUGUGGGAAAGCCUUCAGUUUCCCCAAACAGGUUGAGAUCCACCAUAGGAUGCACACGGGGGAGAAACCAUUCAGCUGCCACCUGUGCCAGGCUAGUUUUUCCGACUCUUCCAACCUGAAGAGGCACCAGGGAAUGCACACGGGGGAGAAACCGUUCGGCUGCCACCUGUGCCAGGCUAGUUUCUCCCACUCAUUCAACCUGAAAAGCCACCAGAGGGUCCACACAGGAGAGAAAUCAAACAGCUUCCCCAGUUUGGGAAGCGGUUCUCCCACCAGCACCAGCUGAAGAUGUACCUGAAGGUCCACAUGGGAGAGAGACCGUUCGCCUGCACACACUGCGGGAAGAGGUUCUCAGAGAGGAGCAACCGCAGAAUACACCAGCAGAAAAUGCACACGGCCCAUGUAUAGAGUCUAGUGACAUGUAGUAGUACUAGUUUGUUUGUAGUUCUGUUGGUUUUGGGUGUAGUAGGGAACUGAUUGAGGUGAACUGAGGAAAGAAUGAGUAUGAUGAGGCAGAGUAGAUGGUUGGUGUGAUGGUGUCUGUAAAAAUGCUUAAUUGAUGGGUCCAACCCUAACUGAUUGUCACUUUAGGUUAAUACUGGUAUUUUAUAAUGAGAUAAUGAGUGCCUUAAUUCACAUUUACUUGACAUAAAAUAGUGAAGAUGUGUGUAAUGUUGAACCUUUUCCAAAGUAUUCAAACAUGUAUUUUAUUAAAGUGAGGGUACCAGAUUUAAAUUAAAGGUAAAGUGUUAGUGAAAAGUAUCAUGUAUUGUUUUGUGCAAUAAAAGUACUGUACUUGUUAUGUGAGUGUAUGAUCAUUUUGUUGAAAUUAAAUGCAAAAUUGACU